GUUCCUGACAGGAUGAUGGAGGUUGUUUGCAACAACCGCCUGGGCAAGAAAGUCCGCAUUAAGGGCAACACCGAUGACACCAUCGGGGACCUGAAAAAGCUCAUCGCUGCCCAAACUGGCACCUGAGGAAACAAGAUUGUUUUGAAGAAAUAGUACACCAUUUUCAAGCACCAGGUGUCUCUGGCUGACUAUGAAAUCCAUGAUGGCAUGAGGCUGGAACUUUACUACCAGUAAAGAAAAGCUUCUUCCCAUGUCCUCUUCCUGUCCCCAACCUGACCUCUCCCAUUAAUAUGAAUGCUUGUUUUGGAAAACUCACAUGAAGAAAGAUUUAGAUGCUGA